GAGUCUAUAUGUAUACCAAUUCCAGAGGGCGCUUCGACAAGCACAAACCGGCGAAAUGGCAGCACCAACAGUGGAAAAAGUUCAAGAAAUAAGAGAAGUAACGAGGAUCGAGCGAAUAGGUGCCCAUUCACACAUCCGUGGUCUGGGCUUGGACGAUGCCCUAGAUGCCAGAAAUGUUUCACAGGGCAUGGUGGGCCAGACAGAGGCCCGGCGGGCAGCAGGGGUCAUACUGGAGAUGAUUAAGGAAGGAAAAAUUGCAGGCAGAGCGGUUCUAAUAGCAGGACAUCCUGGAACAGGGAAAACUGCCAUCGCUAUGGGAAUGGCUCAGGCCUUAGGAACAGACACCCCUUUUACCAGUAUUGCUGGUAGUGAAAUUUUCUCACUGGAGAUGAGUAAGACGGAAGCUCUGACCCAAGCCUUUAGGAAAUCCAUUGGAGUAAGAAUAAAAGAAGAAACAGAGAUCAUUGAGGGAGAGGUUGUAGAAAUCCAGAUAGACAGACCAGCCACGGGAACAGGUGCAAAGGUUGGGAAGUUGACACUGAAAACCACAGAAAUGGAAACAAUUUAUGAUCUGGGUCAGAAAAUGAUAGAAUCUCUCACAAAAGAAAAAGUUCAAGCAGGGGAUAUAAUCACCAUUGACAAAGCCACAGGAAAAAUUACAAAGCUGGGCAGAUCCUUUACAAGAGCUCGCGAUUAUGAUGCAAUGGGAGCUCAGACCAAGUUUGUUCAGUGCCCAGAGGGAGAAUUACAGAAGAGAAAAGAAGUUGUACACACAGUGACGUUACAUGAAAUAGAUGUCAUCAACAGUCGCACACAGGGAUUCCUGGCACUGUUUUCAGGUGACACAGGAGAAAUUAAGGGCGAGGUACGAGAACAAAUUAACUCCAAGGUGGCGGAAUGGAGGGAGGAGGGAAAGGCAGAGAUUGUUCCCGGGGUGUUAUUUAUUGAUGAGGUGCACAUGCUUGACAUUGAAUGUUUCUCCUUUCUGAACCGAGCCCUGGAGUCAGACAUGGCACCCAUUCUGAUAAUGGCCACCAACAGAGGAAUCACCAGAAUCCGAGGCACACAGUACCAGAGUCCCCAUGGAAUUCCCAUAGAUCUCCUGGACCGACUACUGAUCAUCUCCACCACCCCGUACCAGGAGAAGGAAAUCAAACAGAUCCUCACCAUCAGGUGUGAAGAGGAAGAUGUAGAGAUGAGUGAUGAGGCCCUGAUUGUGUUGACCCGGAUUGGAAUGGAGACCUCCCUCCGAUAUGCCAUACAGCUCAUCACCACAGCCAACCUUGUGUCCAGGAAACGAAAGGGUACAGAAGUUGAUGUGGAUGAUAUCAAACGUGUUUAUUCCCUUUUCUUGGACGAAUCUCGAUCCACACAGUUCUUAAAGGAAUACCAGCAGGAAUUUAUGUUCAAUGAAUUAGAUUGAAAAAUAAAAUAUAAACCACAUCUCUAAUAGACAAUGAGCUAAACGAAAAAUGAACUACCAGGUAUGUUUAUCCAUGUGUAAUUAAUGAAGGAAAGUGAGUUUUCCCCCUUUCGAUCAGUUUAGUUAAUGAUGAAAAAAAAGAGAUGACUGAAAGAGAGAGCGGUUUUUGCUUUGGAAACCAACAUUUUUUAGAUUUAAUAUAGAAAAACAAAUUUUGAACAAACUGGCCCCCACUUUUUAUGGUCAGUGUUGACAUUUUGUUAAAAGCCAUGGCAUGUGCCCCUUGUAAACGGUAGCUCUUGAUAUAAGUCCCCAUUCCAGUUUUCACCGGAGGGGACUUUAGCUUUCCUCUGCGUCCGUCAGUCCGUCCGUCCGUCUGUGUGUCCAACUUCAGUUUUCCACAGUUUUUUUCAUUAUGCAUUUGAGGAAUAAUAUGAAAUUUGCUGAACAGCUUCAAAAUGUCCAACUACAGAUCAAGUUUACACUUUUUUAGCAUCUGCUUGACAUAUUUUUGAGAAAAUUAAUUUUUUACAUUCCAAUUUUUUAAUGUUCGGGUUCGUUAUCGGGUAUGGUGUGUAUUGAAUAAACGAGGAAAGUAUGUAGUCUGUAAUGAUAUCCUGCAUUACUUGGACCAUUCAUUUUAUUGUUUCUAACAAACAAAUGAGUUCUGUAAAAUAUAGUGUCAAGCAUUGUGUUGUAAAUUUAAUGGACAGGGUUUUUUGUAUUAUUACAAUCGGGUUCGUUAUCAGGUUGGUCUGUUGAUUCGGGGUACAGAAGACGGUAGGAAAUGAUAUUCUGCAUAACAGUGCAUUGUUUUCUCAAAUUUCUACAAGCCGGUAGGGGACGUGUAUUGCUUACGCAAUACUCUCAGAAUGCUUGUUCUGAAUAGGUUUCUCCUGCAUUUUAAUCCAGUUUUUUUUUUU